CAUAGAUAUGUCUUACCUGUGAUGAUGUUUAUAGAUCAUGUUCAUGUUUCAAUGAAUGUGACAGUGAAUAUUCCGGUGUUUUUAUGAAAAAUAUAGCAUAUUUUGUAAAAUAAUUAAGUUUUGUAGUGUAGGUAAUUGCAUUAUUUAUAUUAAUGUAGUACUGGCACCAUGAAUUAAAUUAUUAAUCUGUUUUACACUCGCAUUACUACUUGCAAUUGCUACCAUCAAUACCAACACGGUACUUAUAUUCAUUGCUUUAUCAAAGAAAAUGUCAACUGCUGGCUCAAGUGGUUCUGGAAGAGGUAGAGGUGGCUCUCAUGUAGGAGAGCAAUCAAAAGAAACUAAGGACUCCAAACCAAAUCCAAAAAUGUCUAAAGCAUUGGGAACAUCGGCAAAACGUAUACAGAAGGAGUUGGCUGAAAUUACUCUUGAUCCUCCCCCAAAUUGCAGUGCUGGUCCUAAAGGAGAAAACUUUUAUGAAUGGGUUUCUACCAUUUUAGGACCACCUGGUUCAGUUUAUGAGGGGGGUGUUUUUUUCCUUGAUAUACACUUUUCACCAGAAUAUCCCUUUAAACCACCCAAAGUCACAUUUCGUACAAGGAUUUAUCAUUGCAAUAUUAACAGUCAAGGAGUUAUUUGUUUGGAUAUUUUAAAAGACAAUUGGAGCCCAGCUUUGACUAUUUCAAAAGUACUUUUAUCCAUUUGUUCUUUAUUAACGGACUGUAAUCCUGCCGAUCCAUUAGUGGGCAGCAUUGCUACUCAGUAUCUUCAAAAUAGAGAAGAACACGAUCGUAUCGCAAGACUUUGGACUAAGCGUUAUGCAACGUGAUUUAUUUAACAAUUCUGCGUGUCUUGUCACACUAAAAGUUUUUAUGCUUAAGUUUUGUCAUCAGUAAUACUUCCUUCUAAGUAAAGUGUUUGGUUUGAAGUAAUAACAAAAGAAUUUUUAAUAAAUUUUAUUUCAGAAUGAAUGUAGUUUUAAGUAUUGUGUACUUUUACAUGUAAGCUGAACUCCGUAAAAAAUAUAUGUACGAAUUACA